CAACCAUAAUGCACACACACUCAAUUCUCUCUACUAAAAAUUUCAAAUACCUAAUAGCCAUGGUGGGUGAAAGAAAGCUUGUGGAUGAAGUUUCCGGCUGGCUAAGACUCUAUAAUGAUGGUUCCGUCGACCGGACAUGGACCGGACCGCCUGAAGCCAAGUUCAUGGCCGAACCAGUCCCCGAGCAUGACCAAUUCAUAGACGGAGUAGCGGUCAAAGACGUGACCAUUGAUUCAAAAUCCGGCCUUGGAGUUAGAGUCUACCUUCCGGAGAAAGCAAAAGAAGAUCGAGUUAAGCUACCGAUAAUUCUCCAUUUUCAUGGGGGCGGUUUUUGCAUUAGCCGAGCGGAUUGGUAUAUGUAUUAUCAUAUUUACACCACCCUUGCUCGCUCGGCUAAUGCCAUUUGUGUGUCCGUCUUUCUCCGGUUAGCCCCCGAGCACCGUCUUCCGGCUGCUGUUGAUGAUGGCUUUGCUUCUCUUAUUUGGCUACGUUCAUUAGCAAAAGGUGAAUCAUACGAGCCGUGGGUCAACGAUCAUGGUGAUUUUACCCGUGUUUUUCUUAUCGGUGAUAGUUCAGGAGCCAACUUAGUGCAUGAAGUUGCUUCACUUGCUGGUCAGGUGGACCUUACUCCUUUAAAACUUGCGGGAGGGAUCCCGGUUCACCCGGGUUUUGUCCGAUCGGAGAGGAGUAAAUCCGAGUUGGAGAACCCGGAGUCGCCUUUUUUAACUCUAGACAUGGUUGAUAAGUUCUUGAGUUUGGCAUUACCUGUAGGGUGUACAAAAGAUGAUCCAAUAACAUGUCCAAUGGGGGCCGCAGCCCCGCCGUUGGAGGGGCUGAAUCUACCGCCUUUUCUGCUGUGCGUGGCGGAGAAAGACCUGAUAAGAGAUACAGAAAUGGAGUAUUAUGAGGCCAUGAAAAAGGCUAAUAAGGAUGUGGAGCUGCUGAUUAGUCCAGGAAUGGGUCAUAGUUUUUACUUGAAUAAAAUUGCAUUGGACAUGGAUCCAAUUACUGCUGCACAAACUGCUGCCCUGAUUCAAGGAAUUAUAGAGUUCAUCAAAAAGCACUGAUUCAAAUUAUUUAAUUACUCAAUAAUUUUCUACCAUUACUAUAUCUAUGUGAUGUGUAAUAAGAUUGUAGACAGCAUAUCCAAAGAGAUGUGUUUAAUAAAGAGUUUUUGUUUUUGUUUU